GUGCUUGAACUGGGAUUUAAUUUCUCAUCCUAUGGAUCACUGAAUGAGUAACAGAUGGCCUUGCCUCGUCUUACAGGCGCUUUACGCUCCUUUUCAAAUGUCACCAAACAUGAGGAUUACAGUGAAGAAUUAGCUGACUUAACGACUAAAAGAUCAAAACUACAUGAACAGUUGCUGAAGUCUGAUCUUACUUGGAAGAAGAUAAUAAAUUUUGUUGAUGACAAUUUGGACAAAAAAGAACACCAAACUGUAAAUAGUGAUUUAAAAACUAUAUUACAAGCUGCAAAACAAAUAGUUGGAGCUGAAAAUGGACAAGAAGCAAUUGAAAGUGGAGCUGUUUUUCUCUUUAAGACAUUUCACAGGAAAGAAUGUGUUGGUCAUGAUGAGACAAAGGCGAUCAAGCAGAUGUUUGGGCCAUUUCCAUCAUCAUCUGCUACUGCAGCUUGUAAUGCCACAUGUCGGAUUGCUUCUCACUUCACUGAAGAACAGCUUACAGCCCUCAUACAGAUGGCUGAAGAGCAAAAUGGUGAUAACAGAGUGUUCUUCGGUAAAAAUUUAGUGUUUUCAUUUGACAUGCAUGAUUUGGAUCACUCUGAGGAGCUGCCUGUGAAUGGUGAGGCUGAUGCACAGAAAAUUAUAAGCUUAGAUUAUAACAAAUUUCUGAAUAACCAGCUGAAUCACUUACAGAAUUUCUGUGAUGAGAAGUCUGAUCUCAAGUCUUUGGAAAAAGUAGAUGAUUCUUUUUUAUGGUGUGAGGUUGGAAAGUAUCUGAAUGAAUCUCAAGGCAAUACCCCUGGAGGGCCAACAACAGAAGACCUCUGCUGUACUUUGUACGAGAUGCUUGCGUCUACCAAAAGUGGCGAUGAACUUCAAAAUGAG